AUGUGGCUAAUGACUAUAGCUCGACGACCCCAAAUAAUUGCCAGACAUGGUUAUCCGUCAGAAACGCAUGUGGUAGUCACAGAAGACGGAUAUCUAUUGAAAAUACACAGAAUUCCGGGUUCAAGAAGUGGAAGCAGAAAUGGACAACCUGUUUUUCUUCAACACGGCCUUUUGGGUAGUAGUGCGGAUUUUGUUAUCAACGGAAAUAAAUCUCUAGGUUUUCUGCUUGCCGAUAAGGGUUAUGAUGUAUGGUUGGGGAAUGCAAGAGGUAAUGUUUAUUCGAAAGGACACAUUUCGAUUCCUGUAACAGAUUCAAAUUUCUGGAAUUUCAGUUUCAACGAAAUGGGUACUAAAGAUUUACCAGCUGCUAUGUAUUAUAUUAGCAAUUCGACAAACAAACCUGGAGAAAUCAUCUACGUGGGUCACUCAAUGGGCACCACAAUGUUCUUCGUAUUUGCUUCACUAAAACAGCAGGCAGCAAAAAAUGUGAAAAUCAUG